GAGACAGGGGUAGUGGAUGUAGCUGUAGCUGUGGGCCGGGGGGUGAGCUACCUAGCCCGGGCUGCUCUGCUGAAACAUCCAUGGGUGGCUGUGUCGGGAGCCACCACGACUCUUCGGGCAGCUUAAACGAGAACUCGGACGGCACUGGAGUGGCUCUAGGGCGUAACCAGCCCCUGAAGAGAGAGCGGCCUAAAUGGAAAAGUGACUACCCGAUGACUGAAGGCCAGCUGCGCAGCAAAAGAGAUGAGUUCUGGGAUACGGCGCCAGCUUUCGAAGGCCGGAAGGAGAUCUGGGAUGCGCUGCGGGCUGCGGCCAGCGCCUUUGAGAGCAAUGACCACCUGCUGGCUCAGGCGAUCCUUGAUGGAGCCAGCAUCACACUGCCACAUGGAGCUCUGACCGAAUGCUACGAUGAAUUGGGGAAUCGAUACCAGCUGCCAGUCUACUGCCUCUCUCCCCCAGUCAACAUGAUCGAGGAACGCUCCGAUGAGCCCGACGGUUCAGAUCCUGACUCCGGAACCGCCGACCCGUCCUUGGGCAGCGCCGGUGAUCCUGGCACAGGAGGGGAAUGCCAGCUUCGGCUCCGCCUCUCCACGGGUCGCGACCUCCGGCUGGCAGUCCGUUCCACGGACACAGUAGGCAUAAUGAAGCGGCGUCUGCAAAGUCAGGAGGGCGUGCCUGCCGCAACGCAACGCUGGUUUUUCUCAGGGCGGCCUCUGACAGACAGACUGCGCUUGGACCAACUCAACAUCUCAAGAGACUAUGUAGUGCAGGUCAUCCUCAGCCAGCGACCACCACCAGAGCCUGAAACUACACCAGAAACAUCAGGGCCAGUGGCAGCAGAAGAAGUAGCCGCACUGCCACAAGAGCCCACGCCGGAGGAGGAUUGAUGCUCCCAAACUUGCAGCCUGGAGCGGGGCAUACCAGUGAUGUGAUAGUAUAAAAGUUGGAGGAUAACAAGGGACACAAAAGAAGCUGAUUUCUCUUCUCUUCUCUUCUCUUCUCUUCUCUUCUCUUCUCUUUUCUUCUCUUCUCUUCUCUUCUCUUCUCUU